AUGCCACCACUGGCGGGUCGUAGCGAUCAACACACCGGCGAUGUGGACAGACAUAGUGCUUGGCGCCGGGGCUCUGACUCCCCGAGCACGCGCCUAUUGGAGCGUUCUCAGGCGGCCACUAUAUAUGUCCACCUUCAUGCUGAGAAUAUAACGAAAUUAUGGAGCACGACUCAAAAUCGGCGUUGGAUCGUUUCCCUACGACCACACCUCGCACGAUGUCUCAUGUUCACGCUUUACACUAACGACCAAGUCACCGCUCAGUCCAUCUUCCCCUUGCAAGCUGCCAUGCCCGAAUUGCGAUACAUCUCAUGGAAAGGAGAGCGCAAGCGACCUAUCCUUACCCCUGAUGCUACCCCUGUGACAUUCUCGCUUCUAGACAACGUAGAAGAACCAAACAUUUCGUUCUUGGAGCUGAACGUCGAUAAGACUUUAGCGAGUGUCCAACUUGAUGACUCUUACACGUCAAACCUCAAAAGUUUGCGGAUCAGACAUUACCCUGGGAUGGCUUGCCGUGAUGUAUUGGAUAUCGUGACACGGUGCCCAAAUUUAUGGGCGCUGAACUGGUUGAAUGACUUGGGAGAAGGUGAUUCCGGUUCUUCUGCUCUUUCGCCCGUUGUAUCGUCAUCGAUAAGAAUACUUCGACUGCAACUCGCAGCCGCUGGCGAGCCAGGCGGAAGCCUAUACAACAAUAUGUCACUUCCUUCUCUUCGCCACCUCGUCAUUGAGUCGGUGAGACACUGCACGGCAUGGGCGGACCCGAUGUUGUUAGGCACCGAUGGGAAACCACAACAUUAUCCUCUUCUGCGCACGGCGUGGCUGGGAAAUCGGGCAUUUAGUUCGCCAGCCAUCGUUGAUUUCCUUCUUGCGAAUCCGAGCGUCGAAGCAUUCGGGACAAAGAUACAUUGCACCACACCUGGGUUCCUCCACAUGCUUUGCGGGAUGGCUUCGUUGACACGUUGGAGGGAGAGAUUUCCAAAUCUCCGAUAUUUCUACUUAACAAAGGCAUCAGCCUCGCACAAACCCUUUUACGAAGGUGUCUCCAUGACACCGAGGGAGUGGACAGAUCUGAUGGCCACUACUGUUCGGGCAAUCGUCGAGGAGUACGGGGGAGCAACGGUGGCGAAGGAGGAUGGGUUGAUGAUUCAGCUGAACGAUGAGCUGUGGCAAAAGAAGGAGGAGCCGAGCGAAAUAUACGAACAACUUGCUCAGGAAUAUCCAGAUGUGGUAGUGUUGACCCGGUACAGCAAUUCGAUACCACGGCACUUCCGCUUGAAUUGUUGGUAG